AACUUUGCUUGGUGGCAAAUUAUUCAUCACUUAUUCUACGUUGUACGAUAAAGAAGACAUUGAACUUUUAAAAUAUCUCUUAUUUUGGGCAUAUGAUAAUGCAAAAUAUCAAAAAAAUAACGAGAAUCCAUUCGGAAAAUUUUCAGACUUAAAUUAUUUACCAAGGGUAGAAACAUCAGUCGGAGAAAAAUUAAAUACUCUCGACAAAUUGGUCGGUUGGAUGAAUAAGCUAUAUAGGGAAGAAAAGGUUGAGAUAAUCUCUUAUAACGAUCUUAUUCCGAUCACGCAAUUAAGGAACAAUACAAUGUCCGGAAAAGCAUUUGAUGAAAUAAUACCUAAGGUGAUUAAUUUUAAAAAAAAGUUAAGUUUGACGGAUUGGGUCGGCGAUUCGGACUACUUCAAUCUAACGAGAUUUGUAAAAGAUUUUCACCUUCUUCACGGUCUUGUAACGAAUAAACGUGAAAUAAGGAUAGGCAAAAGAAUUGCAAUUAAUUUAAUCAAAAUACCCGAAGUGAGGUUAAACAACAAAUCCUAUUUUAAAAUAAUCAAGCCGUCAACGAAAUUGGAAGAAUUAUUAAUAUCCAAUAAUAUUUUUUCAAUUAAAGAAAUUAGCGCCUUCCCGUUUAUUAAGAAGGGUGAUUUUGAUUAUUUAUGUUGUGGAGACUAUCCCCAUUUAAUGGUAAAAUGUGAACAAUAUGAAAUUCUUAUAAAUAAGGAUCACAUUAAACCUUUAGAAGAAUUUACCACCGCAAUAGACAAAGCACUUGAUGAUAUGAAACCGUAUAAAGCUUUACAAGAUAUCUUUAACGAAUAUGGUCAUUUAUUUCCACAAAGAAUUGUCUUGGGGAGAUCUCUUAAAAAUAUUUUGUCAAUUGCACCGUUUAAUAACGACACGAUUAUUUUAAUGCCGCCAAUUUUCAAAACUUUACGACCAAUUCUAGAUAAUUUAAAUAUUUCUUACCUGUUAACACAAAAAGGAAAUGUUAUUGACGUAAAUGAUUCAUUAUCGGAUUGGAUUCAGAAUAUAAACAAUAACAAUAAGUUGGAAAUUAUAGAAUAUAGUGACAUAAUUUCUUUAUAUGAAAUUCUUGAUUUUAAACAAAAGAAGAAGAUCGAUAUGAUUUUAGAGAAUAAUGAUCAGAAUAAUUUUAAGAUCAUUAUGACCGGAAUUGCCACUUUACAGGAUUUAGACAAUCAUAACCUUGAACAUCAUAAGCAUGUAAAUCUAGAUCAACCAUUGGAAUGUAAUAAUUAUGAGGUAUUUGGAUCGAUUGUAACCAAAGAUAAUUUAAUGACAAAAGAUUUUUCUGUGAUAUUUAGCUUAUAUGAUGUUAAUGGAUUUUCUGCCAUGAUAACAACCUUAAAGAAUACGACAAAUCUUGAUGUAACGGAAUGUCAUAUCCUGUGGAUGAUUAUUGGGAAUCCUUCAAGCCUAUCGAUUUUCAGUCCCAAGAAUCGAGAAUUUCAAGUCAAUUGUAUUAAAGAAUCCAUUACAUUACAUCACGAUAAUUCUUGUCUUCGUAUUCAAUCUCCUUGUCAGUUAUCUCAGGAAUAUGUUAUCUUUGUUAACGCGAAUUAUAAAUUAACGAAUUAUAAGCCUAAAAAUAUCAUAAAGUUAGUUGGUUGGUCAUAUAAUUGUAUUGAAUUUCAUAUAUCUGAAUCCGUAUAUAAUGAAUCAAAGCUCAGUGAUUCAAAUCCAAGUAUAAUAAUUUCUGAUAGUGAUUUCGAUGAACAACCUCUUCUCAACGAAGAUAUUCCUAUGAACAAUGAUAAUAUAACGAUAGACUUAUGUAUUUGUAUUUUAAAUUCAGACUAUAAAAGUUUAAAGAUAGAUCAUGAAGAAAAGGAAUAUCCUUUAGAUUCACUUGCGUAUAUCUUAUCAGAGAAGAAUUUUGAUAAGAAGCUAUUAUUGGAAACUAACGAAAAUAAUAUUCAAAAUAUUAUCCUACGACCUUUUAUAGACGAUAUUCAAAUGAUCGUCUCAAUAG